CAACAUUUUGUGUUUUUCAUUAAUAUUCAAACGAUAUCAAUCAUUUAACAUAUAAUGCCUUAAAUGUCAGUAUUACUUUUAAAUUUAUAAUUAACCUCUAGUUUACCAAUAGAUCAUUAAAGCAUACCAUAAAAUGGAAAUCAAUGAAACUGAUAAUUCUUCCAAUGAAAAUGAAUAUAAAAAAAAAGAGCCCUUGUUUACUGGUGGUUCAAAGUUUGGAAAUAUGACAGCAUUUUAUUAUCAAAACGGUGAACAUCCUAUUCAGUUUGAGCUUUUUGAAUUAUGCGACGGAAAAGUAAUGGGUCACGGUGAUGACGUUGUUGGUACUUUCAUUGUAGAAGGUACUUACUCUAUCGAAAAUUGCGUAGGAGUUAUUAAAAUGGAAAAAAAAUACGUCGGUCAACACACAGUUCAAUACGAAGGAACUAUCCUCUUAAAAGCAAAUGUCUACGAGUUAGAGGGAAUGUGGAACAUUAAUGGUGAGAUUUCAGGAAAAUUUUCAAUGGUUUUAUAUCAUAAUCAAACAAAUUUUAACAAAACUGCUGAAUUGAUUGAGCAAAAUCAGUCGAGCCUGAUCGAUGCUAAAAAAGAUUUAGACUACAGUACCACCAUUGAUAUUACUGGGAAAGCAGUUGGUUAUUAUAUACAAAAUGAUGAAAAGUUUGAUAUGACCUUUGAUAUUUUAGCUUUAUCAAAUGGGUUUAUCACUGGUCGAGGCAGCGAUAGCAUCGGUACCUUUUUUAUUGACGGCACGUACCAUAACACCGAACUUCUUACUAAUGUAGAGGUUCGGUUUACGUUUAAAAAGCAUUAUGAGGGAAUGCAUGACGUUUUUUACUCAGGAGUAGUGAUUCAAGUAGAUAAUGCUGUUUAUUUAGAUGGAAAUUGGAUGAUUGGUGAGUUGAGUGAUUCUUUCCAUAUUGAAAUCUUUCGUAUAUACAAGUGUAGACGGUCCUUACUACCAAAAUGAUAAACCCUACAAAAUGUUAUUCGAAUUUUUUAAAAUUGUUAAAGGAAUUGUUUUAAGACGAAGUAGCGACGAAGUAGGUAAUUUUAUAAAUGAAGGUAAAUUCAACAGCGCGGCAAAAACAUUUUUUUAAAACCAAUAUAUUGAAUAACACUUGGUUGAAUACAAUGACACUAUAGCUGGUAAUGUAAAAGGUUUUUAAUUAAAUAAAACGUAAAAUGUUUAAAAUUUUAUUCCGAAAAAAUUUGUAAUAAAUUUUGCAUAUAAAUAGCUUGAAAA